UACUGACAAGAGUGUUGAGGUCAGCCAUAUGCAGUGAGCUUUGUGAUUUUAGGCUGUCUGGACUAGAAUGAUUUGCUGUUAUCUUUGAUCGAUGAGUUUGAAAUGAAGAUGUCGACGUCUGUCCAAAAGUAUUUUAUUCUGGUUUUCGGUUCGCUAAUGACCGUUCUGGUGUACUUUCUCUUUCUGAGUGGAUCAUCGAGCAGUAAAUUAAGACACGUAAAUUCUAAACCCACUAAUGUGAGGAGUAGUGUUACUUCUGAAAAGUCCAAAACAAUAAUUGCUGUGAACUUUUGGGGUGUUGAUACAAAAAGUGGAGGAAUUGAAAGUUUGCUGCGAAAUGCUACAAAUGGAACCCGUGCACCAGUCACGACAGAACCACCAUUCCCAGGAGACAAGUAUGCCAUAGAUGAUACCUACCUUCAUUCGGAAUGCCCUGAAAACUUGAGAGCACGAAUUGCAAAAAUACCUGAGUUUAAAGAUGUCUUUUUGGGGACCGUACCUCUCCUGCAGUGGAAUAAACAUGCUACUGAGCAGGAGUAUCGGAGACUGAGUAGAUAUAAUGGAGCUCAUGGUUGGGAAGUAAUCAGCUAUGAAGAUCUGAAAGAUGCCUUAAGCUAUCUUAACACUUCUGCAAACGCUUUUAUGUUUGAUGACUGGGAGAAAAGACCAAAUAAAUCUUCCUGCAUUCGUUGUGCAGUGAUCGGAAAUGGUGGAAUUCUGAAUGGCUCUCGGAAGGGAGAGGAAAUUGAUCAACAUGACUAUGUAUUCCGAGCAAAUGGUGCCAUUAUUAAAGGAUUUGAGAAAGAUGUAGGGACCAGAACAUCAUUUUACACGUUUUCCACAAAUACAAUGAAAAAUUCUCUAUAUGCGUAUCGCCGUGUGGGAUAUAUUGGUCUGCCACAGUCUGAGGAGACAAGAUACGUGUUUCUUCCAGACCACAACCGAGAUUACUACUUAGUAAAAGCUGCCAUACUGAAUGCACCCAUAGAGAAGGGAAGUGACAAAUCCCAAAAGCCACCGACGUAUUUUGGAGAAAAUGGUCGACCUGAAAAGUUCAAGAUGUAUCACCCUGACUUUAUUCGAUAUGUUCGAAAUAGGUUUUUGUGGGCGCAUAUAUUGAAGACUUCACACCGUAAUAUUUACCGUCCCUCCACUGGUGCGACCAUGCUCCUUGCUGCUAUCCAUUCCUGUGAUGAGGUUAGUGCUUAUGGAUUUAUCACUGAAGACUAUAUAAAAUAUUCAGAUCAUUAUUUUGAUCGGGCUUAUCAUAAAUUGGUCUUUUAUUCGAAUCAUGACAUGAAAUUGGAAAUGAAGCUAUGGAAGAAGUUGCACAAUUAUGGGAUAAUUAAACUCUACACCAGGGAAGAGGAUGCAAGAUGAACUCGAAUCUGAGAUCUCGAUCUGAUUUUCAAAACUACAUUUCUAGCGUUAUUACUCUCUCCGGCUCGGGAAAUUGCAGUGGGUUAUUUUGUGUCAUUUUGUCACUGAAUCUUUGGGAUUUGAAUCUGACCUGAAAUUGCAAGGUCGAAAGCAUCUCUCUGUCUCUCUCUCUCUCUGUCUCUCUCUCUCUGUCUCUCUCUCUCUGUCUCUCUCUCUCUGUCUCUCUCUGUUGCUGUCUGUCUGUCUCUCUCUGUCUCUCUCUCUCUGUCUCUCUCUCUCUGUCUCUCUCUCUCUGUCUCUGUCUCUGUGUCUCUCUCUCUCUCUCUCUCUCUCUCGCUAUCUGUCUGUCUGUCUCUCUCGCUGUCUCUCUGUCUCCCUCUGUCUCUCUCACUCUCUGUCUCUCACUGUCUGUCUGUCUCUGUCUCUCUCACUCUCUGUCUCUCGCUGUCUGUCUGUCUGUCUGUCUCUCUCUCUGUCUUUCUCUCUCCGUCUUUCUCUCUCCCUGUGUGUGUGUGUGUGUGUGUCUCUCUCUAUGUCUGUCUUUCUCUCGUUAGCAUUUGUUGCUGCUAGGGAGUGGAAAGCAUUGGAGAGAGGGAUGAAGGUGGUCAGUGUUUGACAGGUGAUGGAGGGUGGAGGUAUACGUGGGGGGCACGUCCUCCGGGUUCGAGAGAGUUCAGCCCUUUUGUGUGAAAUGAGUCUUGAGGUUUGUUCAGGACGGAUUAGGGUAUUGGAUUUACAUCUCUGUAAUUUUGCCACUUUUCCAGACUUUUAUUUUGCUCUUUAUCAUUGAGGCCUUUUAAAAGGCAAUUGAUAAUUUAAGUGCCUGGAAACUACUCAAGUAUAAACUUGUUCUGAAUGUUUGCUAGAAUGUGCCAAAAAAGGAUGUGAUAUUACUGUAUUUAAAUGAUUCAGUCCACAGUACUUUUAACCAUUGGAGGAAUCCUAUACUGCAAUUAGAAUGUUAUGUUGUAACAUUGUGGUUAUGGACGUUCCUGUUGAAUUGAGAAAUGAUUGCAUUUAAGUGAUUGCCUGAACAAAGCAUCAGAACCAAGAAAACCAUUCUGUCAAAGGCUACAUUGCUCAGGUUUAACUUUAGGUGUGGAAAGGACAAGUUAGUAGCUACCCUGCUGGGACAAGCGAGAUAUCAAUUCCAGUCCAGCCUAGUUAGAGGCUUGGGAGGGGUGGUGGGAAGAGAGCGCAGAUUGACCGUGGACAAAUCUAUUCCUGUGGCAUCCGUAAACACACUCUCUUAUUUAUUCUGGCUGCGCAAUAAUUGUUUAUUUGCACUUUUGAAGAGGGAUUUCCUCCUCUUCACUUCACAGCCUGGUUCAACUGGACUGUAACUGAGCAAGCAUUGGUCUAGUUGUCCCUUCGCUGUGUCUGUAGUAUGGGACCUCCCAUUUGCAGAAGAUAAUGUCUGAUUCAGGCAGGUGCCACUGACAGCUGUGGAAGCCCUCAGUAAAUAUGUCAAUGGAACAUUCACGUAGCAGAAUGUGUUAAAUCUGCUACUGUCUCAAUACCAUUUGAGUUAGUGGAGUCACAAUUGGUUAUUGUUUCAUUAUUUCCUAACUUUUGUUCCAUCUUAGUAACUUUCUGUGCCUUCCAGAAGCCUCAAUUACUGACAAUUCAUACUUUCUUUCUAACGAACUUUUUUUUUAAACGAAUCUAUAUUUUGGCUCAUAAUGAUUUGAGUCAUAAUUUGAAAAUGUUUUGCAUUUAGAUUAGAUGUAUGAGUUAGAAUUCAUUUAUUUCUUGUCCAAUUUUUGAAUGUUAGCAACAAUCAGUACUUCCAACUCGUACUAUGUAUGAGUGAGCAUUUAAAUCUGUCACUAACGUGCCUUAAAUAAUGUGCCUUAAUUUACUUUUCAAAAGAGAUUUGUUAGUACACUAUGCACAUCAAUUACUGAUGCAAAUACUGGUCUUGCUUAGUGACCCGAGUAAUUAUGUCCUUUGAUUAAUUUGCCAAAUUGGUCAACAGGACCUAGGUCUUGGGUAGAUCUUGCCAAACCAUUCUUUUGUUUCUACUUAUUGUUGAACAUUUGCUGCUGGGAUCACAGAUUCCAUUCUUAUUACCCAAAAUGUCACAGCCUCCAUUUAAUUCUCGUUUAUUGCUGGGAAUGAGACCAUAAAUUCAACUGAAUUGGACGCAGAAGGGAAGGAAAUAUGACCAACUCUUCAUUAUAGAGAGAAAAUCCAGUUUCUCUGCUAAGGUCAGUUCCUCCAGUUGGGAUUGCUGCCUGAUUCAAGAUUUGACAAUUUUCUCCUUUUUAAAAAGGACAUUGAAGGUGUUGUGUUGGUAUAAUGGGCAUUUCCUGGCACAAGCCGUUGUGUUGGACAUGGAGACAUUGACACUAAUGUAAAAUUGCGUGGGAGUGUACAACUUGACAUUAACAUGACUCUAAGCUUUCUUCGAAUUGAAAUGUAUUUGUGUGUAUUAGCAAAAGAUUGAAGCAAUUCUCACCAUUAUUUCUGCACUUCCCCAUCAUUGGACUGCCUCCAUCAGCUUUGCUCACCUGACAAUAUCCUUUUAACAAGAUGUAGAAAGUGGAAUGGAGCUGUGUUGGGCUAAGUAACCUGACCUCCAUAUUGGUUAUUGUUUUGUCAAUGAUUUCUGCUAUUAUAGUUGCAAGUGAAUUGACACACAUUUUGGAUUAGUCAGUCUUGAGAGUUGCAAAGACUAAGUUGCCUUCUGUGGAAUUCAUUCCCCCAAAACACAUACGUGGAUCAAAUGCUUCUUUAAGUACCUGGUUUACCAAAGACUCUGAAAAUUCACUGAAGUUAAGUACUUAAUGUGCAACAUUCUCAAGUUUUCUUGAAGUUAAAAGCACGGGAAUUUGUUUGGCAUUGACCGCAAGUAGAGAGGUAUUCCUUGAAAAUUGUGGUCAAUCAAUUCAAUGAUAUGAGGUGGAUGCUUUGCACACACUACAUAGCAGUAACCAAUGGUUUAAAUAUAACAAAUGUCUCCAUAAAGUACUUUGCGAGAAUGCCUGUUUACAAAUAUACCAUGUUCUAUCACCGAACUAUUAUGUUGAAUGUACAGAGAUUUAUUUUGUUUUCAUUUGCACACUGAUCAAUAAAUUUGAAGAUAUUCUGAAA